AGCGCCACCUUUUGCUUAUCUCUCGCUCUCCAUUUUCUUCGACGAAAACGCAUAAGCAACCAGUAGCUUCUUCUAGCGAUUCAACAACUGCAUUCAUAGAUAGAAAUACAUUUUUGGUUAUUUUGCCAGUUGUAGUAACUGGAGUUUAUCUGGACACGGCACUCAACGCGCUUCAUGUUCACAGAACGCAUCCCAGUGAUAUCAGUGUUUUUUUUUUUUUCAAUUAUAAAAAAAAACGUUCUCUAACCCUGGUCCUUGCAGCUCUUAACCCUUCGCGUCAAUAUGGAGGCGUUGACCUUGCCGUUGGCACCGGGAUCGACGACCGCCAUCCUGCACCCCAUCAACGUCUUCGGGGCCAGCUGGGCCAUCCUGCGUCACGCCCUGAGUUCCUUAAACCCCGACACCGCCAUCGUUCGUCGCGUGCAUCACCCGCGCCGCACCCGCUCACACGCCGGCGCGGAGGAGAGUCGUGGGGUGGACACCGCCUCCGUCGCCUCCUCGCGAGCAUCACGACGGUCCAACGCGUCCUCGACCGCGGCGGGCGGUGCGGCGGCGGACUCUGCUGCCCACCGGCAGCGUCACCACCGCACGCACAGUGGCGAGGCGGACUCGACGCGUCGCCACCGUCACCGCACUUCGUCGUCGCAGGAAAGCGAGUCCGCUGCAGACGGCACCGCAGCAGCAACAACGACAGCAGCGUCUUCCUCUUCAGGGACACGUCGCACGCGUAGUGCAGAGGAGCCGCGUGCAGCCUCCCGGCGCACCGCAGCGGAGGGCGGUGACCAAACAGCGGAGGAGGGAAAAGAGACGAGGGUGCGCCGCAGCCACAGCGACGGCGCGCGGGGGCGGUCCAGCCGGCGCGGCGACGACAACGGCGGCAGCGGCAGUGGGACGACGACGCCGCGCCUCUCCACCUCGCACCCUCUCUCUCCGGCGGCGACAGCCGCAGCGGCGAGCGGGCUCACGCCUCCCCUCGCCCCACCCCCGCCCGUGCCGCGCGGUCUGGGCAAGCCGCCCCUCAGCGCUCGCCAGCGCUCUACGACUCCUGCGGGGGCGGAGGGGGAUGGAGCAGCUGCGCCAGUCUCCUCCGAACGGCACCGGCAUCACAGGAGCGGCAGUGGUGGCGGUCUCAGCAGCAGUGGGCGCUCCUCCCGCACACGGCGCAGUGCCGCCGACGAUGAAGAGAGCAAUGAGGGUAGUGUGAUUGUGAUUCGCGACGGCGCCGGCAUCAGUCUCGGCAGCGUCAUGGCUGGAUGGCCGUCGCUCUUCGCCGCGGCGGGGACAGGGUCGGUCAAGUCGUUUUCCUGGUCGCCGCGGGCGUGGUGGAACCGCCUCCGCGUCGUCAAGGUGACCCGCCCCGCUUUUCUGAUCGACCACGUCCUCCACGCCGUUCCCGUGAUGAUCGUGCACUAUUGCUGCGAGCUUAAGCGUCAGCUCGUAACCUUGCCGCUGCUGCGCUUCUCAGACAUCUGCGUGCGGUUUUCUCCGCGGGACGCUGCACAUUCCGAAGCGGCGGGCCGUGCAGGUGCCCCCGCAGCCACCAAAACAUCGGCCGACUGGCCGCCCACUGAAGAGGCCUUUGAGGCGUCGCCCUCCGCCACCAUCGGCCACCUCCUGCUCACGCGGUGGAUGUUGCACGCGGUUGAGUCGUACAUCGAUAAAUCUUUCUUUCUUGAUGAAACGCUCGUGGUACGCCAGCUCCGCAGUAAGCGGACGCUGCGGCGCGUGGUAGGGUGGACCGUGCGCGUUGUCUCGCACACCGUCUUUGACCCCUUACUCCUCAGCAUUGUCGUCCCACUGCUAAUUUCUUCUGAAACGUCUGCUGCGGCGGCAUCGACGGAUGCUCCGCGGGUGCUCUUCACCGUACCGGGCAUGGUGCGUGGCCUCGGCAUCAGUGCGGCGAGCGUCAUCAUCCAGUGGCUCGUCAUGCCUACCGCAAGUCGGCUCGUUGACCGGGCGGUGCUGACCUCGUUUGAGCUUGUGGAGUACCUGAUCAUGCGUCGCUACGCCCACUGGUCCGACGAGGACGAGGACGAGGAGGAAGACGACCUGGAUGAAGAGGACGGAGACGAUGGUGCCUCCAUCGCAUCUGGCGUGAGUGGGGCCAGCCGUGACGUAGAGAGUCGGUCUGCCUCCCAGCAGAGCAGCGCCUCGGCAGCAGCGGAGGUGGCCACCGCAGAGGAUCGCAUUCGUCGUCAGCGGCGGCGUCUGCGCCGCGAAAAGCUAGAACGGCGAAAGCGGCGGGAGCAACGCCAGGCCGCGCGGGAGCGGGCGAUGCGGCGCACCGUCCUGCGCGCCAUUGUUUACCGUGUGGUGUCCUCGGUGGUGGCGCAGGUCGUCGUCGACCACCCGCUGAGCGUGUUGGUCGAGCUCCUGCGCGGGCGGGCCACCUUGCACUUUACGGGAAUGCUGACGCCGUACGCGGCGAUGACGGCGGCGCAGGACGGACUUAGUUGGGCAAACGUUUGGCGCUACGCGGAAGCGUUUGCCACACCCGUAAAGCGCGCCGCAGCAGAUAGGGAAGAUGAAGGUGUGCCACGGAGUGUGGUGGCGCUGCGUCGUGCCGGGCGAGACGCUGCGCAGGAGCUGGUGGUGAUCUCCUCCAGUGUGCUAGACAACUCGGGGCAGCAAGGGACCCUGGACGCGGUGAAGCGUCGUGCGGCGGCGAAGAAGGCGCGAGGCAAGGUGACGUCGGCGGCUGACAGCGCGGAGUUCCUGCUGCACUCUGCGCUCUCCUUGUCCCCGUUUUACUACGGGCUGCAAUUCACUGUGAUUGACAACGUUCUUUCCUUCUACAUGGCGGUGUGGACACGCCUGACAAAGCAAUAA